CAAUGGCGAAGAGCGGAGUCAGUUCCAGUUUCGAACCAGUUGUUAUGGAGACGCAGCUGACAUUACGCGGAGCUUUCGGCCCGCCACGUCACCGUUGGUGACGUCACGACGGAGAGGCGGAGUCGAAGGGACUAAGAUGGCGGCCUCUAUCCGGGAAAAACAGACGGUUGCCUUAAAGCGUAUGCUGAAUUUUAAUGUUCCACUUGUGAAGAGCACUGCCGGGGAGCCAGUAUGGAAGGUUCUUAUUUAUGAUCGAUUUGGCCAAGACAUUAUCUCACCUCUGCUAUCUGUGAAGGAACUGCGGGACAUGGGAGUCACCUUGCACCUUCUCCUGCACUCUGAUCGUGAUGCAAUCCCUGAUGUUCCCGCUAUAUAUUUUGUUAUGCCUACAGAAGAAAAUGUGGACAGAAUUUGUCAGGACCUGAGGACACAGUUAUAUGAGUCUUACUAUUUAAACUUCAUUUCUGCAAUAUCCCGCAGUAAACUGGAAGACAUUGCGAGUGCAGCACUUACUGCCAACACAGUAUCUCAUGUCUCAAAGGUAUUUGAUCAGUACCUGAAUUUUAUUACGUUAGAAGAUGACAUGUUUGUGCUGUGCAAUCAGAACAAGGAGCUUGUUUGUUAUAGAGCUUUGAACAGACCAGACAUCACAGACACGGAGAUGGAAACGAUCAUGGAUACUAUUGUGGACAGCCUGUUCUGCUUCUUUGUCACACUAGGGGCUGUACCCAUCAUCAGAUGUCCAAGGGGUAAUGCAGCAGAGAUGGUCGCAGUGAAACUGGAUAAAAAGUUACGUGAAAAUCUUCGAGAUGCCAGAAAUAGUCUGUUUACUGGAGAUAAUCUUGGGACAGGACAGUUCAGCUUCCAAAGGCCUUUGUUAGUUCUUGUGGACAGGAAUAUCGACCUUUCCACUCCUCUUCACCACACGUGGACAUACCAAGCCUUGGUGCAUGAUGUUCUGGACUUUCACUUAAACAGAGUAAAUCUAGAUGAGUCUGCCACAGUGGAAAGUAGCCCUUCUGGUGCCCGGCCUAAGAAGAAAAACAAGAAGUCCUAUGAUUUAACAGUGGCUGAUAAAUUCUGGCAAAAACACAAAGGAAGCCCCUUUCCUGAAGUUGCUGAAUCAGUGCAGCAAGAGCUGGAAUCUUACCGCAGCCAAGAAGAUGAAGUGAAAAGACUAAAAACCAUGAUGGGCUUGGAAGGUGAGGAUGAAGGCGCUAUUAGUAUGUUAUCAGACAACACAGCAAAACUUACAUCUGCAGUCAGCUCUCUUCCUGAGCUUCUGGAGAAGAAGAGGCUCAUAGAUCUACACACUAAUGUAGCCACUGCGGUUUUGGAGCAUAUAAAGGCUAGAAAGUUGGAUGUUUAUUUCGAAUAUGAAGAGAAGUUGAUGAGCAAAUCUACUUUGGAUAAGUCUCUACUUGACAUUAUCUCUGAUCCAGAUGCUGGGACACCAGAAGACAAGAUGCGGUUGUUUCUGAUUUAUUACAUCACGUCUGCACAGCCCCCGUCUGAGACUGACCUAGAUCAGUAUAGGAAAGCUCUGGAGGAUGCUAGUUGUAAUCUGGCACCUCUAAACUACAUCAAGCAAUGGAAGGCCUUUGCCAAGAUGGCAGCAACACCAGCAAACUAUGGGACUGGUGCUACUAAAUCUAAAGGUCUGCUCUCCAGAGUCAUGAAUACGGGGUCGCAGUUUGUCAUGGAGGGGGUGAAAAACCUGGUUCUAAAGCAGCAGAACUUGCCAGUAACUCGAGUCCUCGAUAGCCUAAUGGAAAUGAAAUCCAAUCCGGAAACUGAUGAUUACAGAUACUUUGACCCCAAGAUGUUACGAGGAAAUGACAGUUCUAUACCAAGGAACAAAAAUCCAUUUCAGGAGGCCAUUGUAUUCGUCGUAGGAGGAGGCAACUACAUUGAGUAUCAGAAUCUAGUGGAUUACAUAAAGACCAAACAAGCAAAGCACAUUCUCUAUGGCUGCACCGAACUAUUCAAUGCUGCACAGUUUGUUAAGCAGUUGUCUCAACUUGGACAGAAGUAAGAGAUGUCAAUGACCACAUUACAGUCAUCUCUAUGAACUGAUCUUCAUAGACUGAAGAUCUGGCCUAUACUUGUGCUGUUCUCUUAACCCUUUCGCUGACACCACCUGCUGACAUCAGCAGGUGUGAAAGAAGGACAGUGAAACUACUCCCCCAGAGAGAUCUAUUGUAAUCUGCACAAUUGACUUGUCUGCUUUUCUACCAAUUCCAUUUAUUUAAAUGUGCUGGAAGUCUCCAGCCUCUGUAACUAGGCAUUAAUAGAAUCUCUGUCCACAGAGAUCAUUUCUAAAUAAAACAACAAAAAAGUGUUUUUUAAGGCAUUAUCUAAUUCAAGAAAUCAUAUAAGUAUAACUGCAACAGGAUUUGAGGGCAACACAGAAAAUACUGUGACAUGGGAUACUCUGAAGCGUGUAAUGCAAAUUAUGGAUCAGCCAUUCGAGGAGCACGCUAUCCAAAGCCAAUUAGAGAGACACACAUAAAAAAGUUGACUUAAAAGGGUUUUAUAGCCUUACAAACUAUGGUCUGUCCUCAGGAUAGGCUAUCAAUAUUGUGUCGGCAGGGAUCAGACUCCAGGCACUUAUGCAAUCCGCUGUUGAAAGUGGUGCAGCCUCUCCUAAACUUUUACAACUCCUUCUUUCUAUUACCAUUGCAGCACUACACAGUACGUUAGCUUUGUCCUGCUCACUUGUAUUUCUGCCACAAAUGGUAAAGCAAGCACUUGCUUCCCUUAAACAGCUCAUCAGCAGUGGUGCUUAGAGUCGGCCUCAUGCUGAUCUAAUAUUGCCGGCCCAUCUUAAAGGAUAGAUACGUUUUUUAAGCGUACAUCCAGAGAUGUAUGUGGCAGGAUAUAUGCUUACAUUUUUGUGCUGCCACCCAAGACCUAUGCGAGACUACUACUGAAGUUCAAUCUUCAGAUUUUGCAGAAGUCCCAUACGAGUCUAAAGGACUUCAGCCAAAUCUGUUGACUUUAUGCCUGCAAACUCAGGGGGCACAAAAAAAUUAAAUAUAUGUCCCUCCGCCUGAGCCAUCAUUUGAUGUAGGCUUUAAAGCUUGUUAACCACUUUAAGGAACUGCUGUAAAAUAAAACAAACAGCUUUUGGUUACUGCCAUAUAUUUUAUUUGGUUUUCUUCCAAUUUCAUGUCCACUAGAAGGAAUAAACCAAGGUGGUAUGGAAAUCAAAGUUGUAUUAUUAGAGGCUCUUGCAAGAAAUAAUUAUUUGUAGAGGCGUCUACAGAUUGCAGGUGCUAAAACCAUGGAAUUUCAGAGACAGAGAUGCACGUUUCAUGAUUCUUUAACUCUUUCUUUACAUCUCAGCCAAUUUUCAUAUUUUUAACAUGUACAAAUAAAACUAAAUUGCUAAAUAAAAAAAAAUAUAUAUACUAAA